UCUAACUACUCGUAGACCGUGACUGUAUUUCUUUUGAUCUCAUGUCUUUUUAGGUUUCACGCGAAAUAUUUGGUUGAAACUAUCAAGCAACAUUAGUCUUGCGACAAAAUAACGGCUAACUUCAGAUAUACGAGCACAUUUGACAUCUCGCUCAGGGCCGCCGAAAUUUUCAUAAACACUCGUCGCUUUGCGCUACCAUCUUGCCUUCCUAUUUCCCCCUCACCGUCCAUUCUCUACAUGCGUAUCAACGAGAGAGACCGGCGACGUGCGAUCGUGCGACACUCGCGUAAGCAUUCCGACGUACGCUGGUUCUCCAGUUCUAUGUAAACACCGAAGUGAAAGCAAAUAUUAUUAGCAACAAUUCGAGCGAAGCAGAGGCCUGCUCGUUCUCGUCGGUCGCGUGUUUUAGUACCUUUGCCGAAAUCCUCGAGAUCUUUUCACGAAUAGCCUGACAGACAAGUUGGUCAGUUUGUCCAAUUCGACGGAUAGAUUAUCGAAGGUAACGCUUCGUACAUCAAAAAAGAGAGGGGAAGACGAAGAGGAACAAGCAGAGAGAGAGAGAGAAUCUUUUGUCGCAUCGGCUUUCCUAUAUCGAUCUUUCAGAAACGGCAGCUUUCGUGAGUUCAGUUGUGCCACAGCGGUCUCGUUCAUAUUGUCAUUUAUUUUCCAUAUCUGCUGUUUUCUUAGUGAGUCAAGAAUCUUUGUGUUCAGAAUCGAGUGAGUAAGAGAGAGAGAGAGAGGAGAGCAGUGCAUAAAAGCUGCCGCUUCGGCAAUCUUUGUUUUAUCUGAUUAGUUAUUAGUGGCGAGAUAUCGUGGUUCACGUCGAUAGACGACGACCUUUGUGAUCAGUCUGUGAAAAAUCUGAGUGGCACGAAUUCGGGAGAAGGGAACAAAGAACCAGUUGGGAUUGUUGGUGUAUCGUCAAUCGAGUGGUUCAUGGUUUCUUCUGUUUUCGAUUUUUCGGCGGAAAAUACUUUUCUCUCGCUUACCGUCAGUGCUGAUCGAUCCAAAGAUGCACAUCACUUGCAAAUGCCUGAACGUGUCCAUCAGGUCCAAGAGCAGUGAACUGCAGCCAGUCGACAUCGAAAAAUUCGAGCUAACCGAGUUGGAGCGCGCCGAUGAUUUCUUUCGCGAGAUUCUGGCAAGUGUACCAGGGUUGGAAACUAUUACUAAGGAGCAGCCUGGCUUAGUUGAAAUAAAGAAUGUUGGAUCAUGGAUUAUACAUCGUUGUUACAAUUGCUCAAUGUAUACUCAUGCUGUUCAUAGAGAAUAUGGUGCUGCUUUAGUCCUUAUCAAUAGCAAUAUUGUUUUAUUAUCUGAAGAAAUAAAUAAAUUAAAGUCCAAUCCAGAUUACAGUCCAGUAUUUAGGAUAGUAAUUGAUCACAGUGUGGAAGACUUAGAUGAUUACCUACAACAGCCUAAUAAAUUUUCUGUGUCACAAUUACCUAAUGCAGUUCAAGUGGCUCUAGGUGGAUUACAACGGCAACUAGAGGAAGCUGUGCAACGUCAAACGGCGGUAAUAGAAGAUAAAAUACGUGCAUUUACCGCGGAACAAUAUCAGCUGUUGGAGCAAUUUCGUGAAAGAGCACACAACGAACAUAGAUUAUUAUCAAAACUAGUGUGUAAAGGAGAAGAGACAAAUAGAGUAACCAAUAACAUAGAAACUCCGCCGACAACUCCUGACAGCUUUAAGAAUACUUUGACUACCUCUGCAACCAAUAUGGUGGACGGCCCAAAAUCCACUGUAGCAUUAGAUGAUACAAAAGUUUUUACUGGCUCAAAUGUUAAGCACGAGGCAGCUCCUAGGCACUCUUCUAAUUCCGCUAAUAAUGAAAGUACGAAAAAGAAAAAACCGUUAUAUAUUUGUACUAAAAGAUCAGUUAGCUUUGAUACAGAAACAAUGUUUACUCUUGAUGGAGUAGAAGAUACAGAUGCCCCUAAUCAAAUACAAUCUUCGGAAGAGGAAUCUGACACUGAUGAAGUCAAGAAAAUAAUUUUUGCAGAUUCAGGCCAAGAUGAAGGGAUUCAUAUGCCAAAAGGUCAACGGGAUGGUCAUUCCACUUUGGCUAAAUCGCUACCUGUCACUGUACCCGCUUUCCCUUCUAUGAUUCGUCGUAGAGUACAAGAUCAAGAUGACGAUCAGCUGCCUGGUGAUCCAUUAGACCCGAACAAUAUUCGAGCUUCAAUUAAAGCCUUAGCUAAAAGCGUCCAUGGUGAUACAAUAUUUGGAGACUUACCACGUCCCAGAUUUUCUACUCAGAUCUGACUUGUCAAGUACGAGCUAAGAAAUCCACUCGGCAUGUUCCAGUGCUUUUGAUACAAUAUAUCAUAAUCCCUAUCACAUCCGUCAUUUGUCUUUCAAACAAAAGUUGCAAAAGAUUUAUGUAUACAUUAGAAUAAAUAUGGUCAGUUCUGCAAAAGUACAGAACUCUAUGCAUAUUUUGUAGAAACUUGAGGGUAUGCCUUAAUUCGAGGUGUUUCGGCUAUCUCUAAAUUUAUUAAACAAUACAAAUAUUUCAUAAAAAUAAAAGAAAAAAGAACUUUAUAUGUUAUUUAAACCAAAAGUUAUACUUGCAGGUAUGAAAAAGAUUCUCUAUUAAAAAGUAAGAAAGAGGAAAAAUUAAAAUAGUUACAGUCGCCUAAAUAUACGUCUGCAAAAUCUAAAUAUAUUUAGUACAAUAAUUUAGAAUUUUAUUCAAGUAUAAGUUCACUUGCAAUGUUUAUGUACUAUACAGCGGACUGAAUAUUUUUUUAUCAUUAACUCAGGUUGCAACUACUUAAUAUAUUGUAAUACAAUAAUUCAUAAUAAUAAUUAUAUUGCGCUAUUGCAUUGCUGAUGUCUAUAAAAUGUUAUGAACAUUUUGCAAUAUUACAUUUCAUCUCAUUGUGUUAAAGAUUAAAGUGCUAUUGAUAAAUUCAGAGAUGGUGUCAAUUAUAAAUACGGAUACUUUAUAUAAUUAAUGGUACAUAAAACUCAACGCAAGUGUGAUUAUAUAAUUAUAGUGAGACAAAGGCUUUAUGAAUAAUAAUUUCUUAUAUAUAGGAAUUAAGAUUUAAAAGUAGAUUAUUAAAUGUUUUGUAUAACACUACCACAUUUUAUUAUCUAUUUUUAACGAUAUUUUUUCCCACCUUCAAUUUUAUUUUGAUAUAUUGACUUAUAUUAAGUAUCUUAUUAUGUAAAUGUUGUGUGAGUACAAGAUAAUUUUUUUGUAUCACAAUGUAUUUGAUUUUUUACUAAAAGCCAAAUAUACUGCAGGUGAUGUAAAUUGUAUCUAUUCGCGUGCGCGCACGCAUUUGAAAUUUUUUUAUUUAAAUCUGAAUAUUGCUAAUUUGUUUUUCAUUUUAUAUAACAAAUCUGCAAGAAUAUCAUGAUCACACACACAUACACACACAUAGAAGUAAAAUUGUACAAUAUACGAUAUUAAUAUUUUUUUCACAUCCAGUUUUGUAGUAGUUUAUAUAUAUGUAGUGUUAAACAUAUAUUUUUAUAUUUCUUUAUGGAAUGUAUAUGAUGUGUCCUAAUUCGACUAUACAUAUGUACAUUCAUAAUUAUUAUCAAUAUAUUAAUAGUGAUAUUACUUUUAUAUUAAUAUUGACUUUUUAAUAUUACACACACAUAUAGAUAUAUGUCAAAAGAAAUUACAAAUGCUAAUGUCAGAUAUAAACAUCGUUUAAUUUUUAUUUUAAAUUAAACUGAUUUUUGGUAUAUACAUUUAUCUUUUAAUAUUCAUAAAAUUUAUCAGUGCGUUUUUCUAGCAAAAUGUAGAAUAUAUUACAAUUAAUUUGUAAGUUAAGAAAAGAGGAAGAUAUAUAACGCACGAGUUAGUACAAAAAUCUCGUUUCACACUUUUAAAAUUCACACUUUAUUACAUUUACUAUAUUAUGUAUAUUUCUUAUUGUUUAUGCCUCUUUAUAAAAAGAAUCAAUGAUUUGUAAUAAAAUUUAUGUAUAUCAGAGUUAAUUUUUACAAAUAAAAAUGCAGACAAAUUA